AUGUGGCUGCUCGCAAACAUCUAUGAUUCCAGUUCCAGGGGAUCUGAUGCGUUUUUCUGCCUUCCAAGGACGACGGCGACGCGGGACAGCAGAAAUUCGGAAAUGGACUCAGUGGCCUUUGACGAUGUGGCUAUAAACUUCACCCAGGAAGAGUGGGCUUUGCUGAAUCCCUCCCAGAAGAAUCUCUACAGAGAUGUGAUGGAGGAAGUAUUUAGGAACCUGACUUCUAUAGAGAAAGGGUGGGAAGACCAGAACGUUGAGGAUGAGGACAAAAAUCCUCAGACAAAUCUAAGGCACAUCAUAGCCAACUCUGGAUACAACCUAUAUGAAAGUGAAGAGUCCUCUGAGAAGCCAUAUAAAUGUACACAGUAUAGGAGCUCUUUCAUUUCUCUUAUGAGUAUUCAAAGACAUAUGAUAACGGACACUGGAAGUAAGCCUUACAAGUGUAUGCUCUGUGGGAAGGCCUUUCAUUUCCCCAGUGAAUUCAGAAUCCAUUUAAGAACUCACACUGGGGAGAAGCCCUAUGAGUGUAAGCAGUGUGGAAAGGCCUUCAGCCAUUCCAGCUCCUUUCGAAAACACGAGAGAACUCACACCGGAGAGAGGCCCUACGUAUGCAAACAGUGUGGGAAGGCCUUCAAUUGUUCUGGUUCCAUCCGAAAACAUGAGAGAACUCACACUGGGGAGAAGCCUUAUGCGUGUAAACAGUGUGGGAAGGCCUUCAACUGUCCCAGUUAUCUCCAAAUUCAUGAAAGAAGCCACACUGGAGAGAAGCCCUAUGAGUGUAAGCAGUGUGGGAAAACCUUCAGUUGUUCUAGUUCCCUUCGAAAACACGAGAGAACUCACACCGGAGAGAAGCCCUAUGAAUGCAAACAAUGUGGGAAGGCCUUUAGUUGUUCCAGUUCCUUUCGAAAGCAUGAACGGACUCAUACUGGGGAGAAGCCCUAUGAGUGCAAGCAGUGUGGUAAGGCCUUCUUUUCUCUCACCAGUGUUCGAACGCACAUGAUAAAGCACACUGGAAAUGGGCCUUUUAAAUGCAAUGUAUGUGAAGAAGUGUUUCCCUUUUCCAGUGUAUUUAGAAGACAUCAGUCAUCUCAUACUGGAGAGAAGCAGCCUUAUGGAUGUAAACAGUGCAAUAAAUGGUUUAGUUCCAACACCUCACUUCAGAAUCACAGAAGAAGUCACACUGGGGAAGAGCCCUAUGCAUAUAAACAGUGUGGGAAAGCUUUCAGUUGUCCCAGUUACAUUCGAACGCAUGAACGGGCUCAUGGUGGGGAGAAACCCUAUCCAUGCAAACAGUGUGGUAAGGGCUUCAGUGCUUCCAGCUCUCUGCAAACACACGAAAGGAUUCAUACUGGAGAAAAGCCCUAUAAACGUGAACAAGGUGCUCGAGCAUUCAGUUGCUCCACUUCCCUUAGGAGACACGAACAAACUCAUAGUGGGGAGAAUGCCUAUGAAUACAGUGUGGGAAAACCUUCGCUUCCAGUUAGAAUUGAUUGCUAACAGUCUUAAAGUUAUUCAUAACAGUCUUAUGAAUGUAAAUUUUGGCAAAUCCUUAGUUUCUCUAACAGGUUUUUGUUUGUUUUUGUUUUAACAAAAAUGACAAAGCACACUGGAAAUGACCUUUUUAAUGUAUGUGAAAAAAAGCCUUUCAUAUUUCACAGUCCCAGCAUAUUUAGAGCACAUCUAAUAAACUCUCAUCCAAGAGAGAAACAAUGUGAAUGCAGACAAUGCAGUAAAUCCUUCACUUCUUCCAGGUAUCCUCAGAACCAUAAAGAAUUCAUGUUGGAGAGUGUCCCUAUUAAUGCAAGCACUGGAGAGCCACUUACUACAGUUGCCUUGAAAACAUGGGUCAACUUGUACCGGAGACAUGUCCUUUGAGUACAAAUAAAUACGGUAAAUGUCACCGUUUCCAUUUGCCCUCAAAGAAACUACUCACUGGACAGCAUGUCAGCAGAGUGACUGUAAAGACUAUGAAAAGCCAGUGCUUUCUUAAUUUCCAUAAAGGACACAAAAGAGGUUCACACUGAACACUAGGAAGCCCACGUUUGUGAGAAAAAAGGUAAGGCUUCAGAUGCCACAGUUGUCUCAGAUUGUGUGAAAGAACACAUACUAGCUAAAACACUAGGAAUAGGAACAUGGGGGAAGCACUCAGAUUGUCAGUGCUCUUCAAAGGCAUAAAAAGGACCAGAGGGGAAAACCCUGUAGGCCUAAGGAUUGUGGGCAGGCUUCAGUUUUUACACUUCUUUCUGAGAAGCAAGGAAAAACUCUGGAGAAAUUCUGAGUGUAAGAAAUGUCACAAGACCUUCAGUUUCCCAUUUUCAUUCGAAGUCAUGCUAGAACUCAUCUAGAAAAAGACUAUUGGGUAUAGAAAGUACUGAGCUCAUGUCUCUUUGAAAGGUACAUGAUACACUGGAGAUGGCUGUGCAACGCAUUGACUUUACAAUGUGAAAACAUUGCUUCUCUGGGCUAAAGCAUGGAAUGUGUCUUUUUAUAUUAGAUACAGUUUUGUAGUAUUUUAUUGAAACUUUUUACAAACUGUAUUCAAAGAGAUUUAUGUAUCUUGGUAUAGUAUAUAAUAUAGUAUUAUUUAGUACAUACAGUGUAUGCAUGUAUAUACAUGUAUCUGUAGGAUACAGUAUAGUUUGUAUAUGAGUAGUAUAUAUUAUAUAACUAGUUUAUAUGGUAUGUAAUUAAAUUAAAUGUAAUCACUAUUUUACUAUAGUAUUAUACUACAUGGCUAUGCUAUUGGAGUUUUAUCAGUGUGUAGAAUAAAGUGUUUCAGUUACCCACCCUGGUCCCUGUCUGUAGCUAUUUCUUGCUCCAGGAGCAUGGCUACCAGGAU